AUGCCACCGCCGUGGCCUCCGCGGUCUGACGAUCAGGCCCUCAGCCACCAGGUCCUGGGCGCAGAGGACGGCCAGGCGAAAGAAGCGACCGGCGCGAGCGGCAUGGGCUACGUCGUCGCCGAGGCCGAGGUGCCUGCAGUGCUGAAGGCACCAUCUCCAGCUCCGGAGCCGAUCCCGGCACGUGUCGUUCCUCAUGACACGCGGUUCGGACAGCUGCUCGAGAAAUUUCGGGACUGCGAGAUCAGGGAAGGCGGCAAGAUGCAAGAUGUGAUCUUAGACAAGUUCUUCGAAGCUUGCGAGCUCUACAGAGAUAUGCUGUCCAAGCUCGGUCGAGCGGCAAGCGUGGUCGUGGGCGACAUCGAGCACAACCUCGGCAAAUCCAAAGCGGUUUACCUGGAAGCUCCAGAGGAGCGCAAGACUUUCACCGCCUACUUGCAGCUGCCGGCUUCUCACCUGGGCAUCGAGAAGAUCACGUGGCUGCUCAGGGGCGUGGAGUUUUUCUUGACCAUGAUCAAGCUGAUUUUCACCCCGGAGUCUGGUGGAAACCCGGCCGUGGAGGCCUAUCAGCAGACCUUGAUGCAAUACCACGGCUGGAUGCUUCAGCAGACCGUGAAGCUUGGCAUGCGGGCCAUGCCCUCGAAGGAGGGCAUCGUGCAGUCCGAGGGCCUCGUGCUAGGCGACGGCGAUGCCUCGCCGGAGCAGAGGAAGGCGCUCUGCGAGCGCGACGCGCCGCCGGCCUCCGCUGCCGGCAUCGAAGUGGUCAAGUGGAUGAUUGAGCUGAUGAAGAUCGAGGGGAAAUGGGACGCCAAGAAAGCUUGA